AUGAGGUCCUUCCAUAACACGUGCGCCGUGCUUGGCCUGUGCUUUCUCGCUGGGUUCAAUGCCGCUGCCGCCGCCGAGAAGGGCUCAAUAUCACUCCUGGACGCAUACGCGGCCCUCCCUAGCUGCGCACAAGGAUGUCUCCAAACUGCGCUGGGCCAGUCGACCUGCGGCUUGACGAACGUGACGUGCAUCUGCAAUGACCAGACGCUCAAGAAUGCUGCCACGGCUUGCAUCACGUCCUCGUGCACGAUCAAGCAGUCCCUCACCGCCAAGAACCUCACCUCUCAGCUCUGCGGCGUCGGUCUCCCGGUCGAGAGGGACCGUACCUUGAUCCCGCUCUACUCCACCUUCAUCGGCCUGGCCGUCUUCGCCGUGAUACUUCGCCUCAUUGCGCGCGUCUUGACCCAAGCCUACUUCUGGUGGGACGACGCAGCUAAUUUUGUUGGCUUCAUCGGUGCAGCGGCCUUCAGUGCUGUGAGUAUCAAGUCCGUGACGGAUGGACAGUCGAUCGAUAUCUGGUUCGUCCCAUUCGACGACAUCACCGAAGUCGUGCGGCUGUUCUACUGGCAAAUGAUCCUCUACUGCGUCACGCGCUUCUUCGUCCGCGCGUCCAUCAUCCUCUUCUACAUGCGCGUCUUCCCGCCCAAGCCGGACCAGAAGCUCGGCCGCAUCGUGCAGGCCACGUUCGUGUUCAACAUUGUCUACAACGUCAGCUUCCUGUUCGCCGUCAUCUUCCAGUGCAGCCCGCUCGCGCACUUCUGGUGGCAGUGGGACGGCGAGCACGCCGGCACGUGCGGCAACGCCAACAUCCUGGCCUGGGUCGCCGCCGCCACGGGCAUUGUCUACGACCUGUGGCUGCUGGCCCUGCCCUUCUCGCAGCUGCUGACCCUCAACCUGCACUGGAAGCGCAAGCUGAUGGGCGGCAUGAUGUUCUUCGUCGGUGUUGCCGUUAUGAUCAUCAGCCUGGUCCGCCUCAAAACCAUCAACGAGUUCACCCGCGCUGUCAACCCAACCAAAGACCUAGUCCAAAUCUGCCUCUGGUCAGGCAUCGAGCUCGACGUCGGCGUCAUCUGCCCCUGCCUGCCCUCCUUCCGCCUCCUGCUGCGGCGCCUGCUGCCCCGCUUCAUGGGCACGACGGGCCAGCGCUACGAGAUGGGCUACCAUGUCUCGAACCUCACCGGCACGCGGAAGAGCGCGGGCGGGCUUGGUACCACAAAUGCUGCUGAUGGAGGAGGAGGAGGAGGGGUUGGUGGUGGUGCAGCGGGAGCAGGAGCAGGGAAGAUCACGGUGGAGAACCGGGUCAGCAUCAAAUAUGCCAGCGAGGAGGGCGACUCGUCGACGACGACGGCCGAUGAUGCCAGGAGCUCCUCCGCGAGUGUCACGAAUUUGGUGGAGGGCAGGGCGAGUUCGGGCCGCGAUGAGGAGAGCGGUCCUCUGCCGCCGCCGACGGGGUAUGUGCAUCGGCAGGGUGUGAGGCAUGGGUAUGCUGGGAGGGGGAAACGCUAG